CAUUACUUUCGCCCAACUAGAGGAGUGUACAGUAUGUUAAUGCAUUAGGAAUGACAGCUUAAAAAAAUGUUAAAAAAAGGACGGACCGACGGACGCACGGAGUCAAAUUUAUUCGGAUCACGCAAGCCAUUUGUAGCUGCUGUGCAGUUUGAAAAGUUUCCCUAAACUUUUAUAUCAAAAAGCAAUUUUGGAUUUUGUCGGUCUGGUCAACCAAGAGGAAUAGUUUCUGUUCAUAUUUGGAGCGUCGACGUAUGAGACGUUCUGUACAUCGGCGGACUCCUUGUGGAUAUUUACAUUAUACAGAGCUGCAUCUAGUUGUGGGUCUUCGAAAACGACUUGCAAGAAUAAGAGGGACACGUAUAGGAUAUUCUAUAGACUUUCUUAGGGAUAGAUACAUCAUGUUGGGGAGUACGGCGCAGUACGCAGCUAAGAAACGGAAGAAGCCUGUUCAGAAAAUUCCUAAACCCCCUUCUACAGAUGGCAUCAAGUCGAACCCGUCAAAGCGCCACAGGGACCGGCUGAACGGAGAGCUGGACAAGUUGACCGGGUUGUUGCCGUUCUCAGAGGACGUGCGUGCGAGGCUGGACAAGCUGUCUGUGCUCCGGCUCAGUGUGGGCUACCUCAAGGUCAAGAGCUUCUUCAACGCGACCACGAAGAAAGGCAGUCCAGGGUGGGGGGUGGAGAGAGCGGUGGGGUUCGGAGGGAAUGGACCGAUCACUCUAGCGAAGAGCACAACCGCCAUAACCUCUGUGGAUGGGGUCACGUUCUCCGAGGGAAACCUCCUGCACCAGGCCCUGAACGGCUUUGUGUUGGUGGUCACGGCGGAGGGAUACGUGUUCUACUCCUCUCCUACUGUUCAGGACUACCUAGGGUUCCACCAGUCAGAUGUGGUUCACCAGAGUGUGUUUGAGUUGAUCCACACGGACGACAGGGCCUUGUUCAGACGUCAGCUCCACUUCGCCCUUAACCCCAACCAGUUUGAUGCAGAGCCAGGGACAACAGAGAGCCUGCAGCCUAACAACAGCAGUGACAUCACCAGCAACAUAGUGAGCUACGACCCUCAGCACAUUCCUCCUGAGAACUCUUCCUUCCUGGAGAGGAGCUUCGUCUGUCGCUUCCGCUGUCUCCUGGACAACUCCUCUGGCUUCCUGGCCCUGAACUUCAAUGGGCGUCUGAAGUACCUCCAUGGCCAGAACAAGAUGUCAGAUGACGGGACCAUAGACCAUCCCCAGCUGGCCCUGUUUGUGGUGGCUACCCCCAUCCAGACCCCCUCUAUCCUGGAGAUCAGGACCAAGACACUUAUAUUCCAGACCAAACACAAGCUGGAUUUCACCCCCACGAAUGUUGACACAAGAGGGAAGGUGGUUCUGGGUUACACGGAGCUGGAGUUGUGUAUGAGAGGCUCUGGAUACCAGUUCAUUCACGCUGCUGACAUGAUGUACUGUGCCGACAACCAUGUCAGAAUGAUAAAGACAGGUGAGAGUGGUCUGACUGUGUUUAGGCUCCUGGCCAAGAAUGGUGUGUGGGUAUGGGUUCAGGCUAAUGCCAGACUGAUCUACAAGGGAGGGAGGCCCGACUUCAUCAUGGUCAGACAGAGACCGUUAUCAAAUAAUGAGGGUGAGGAGCAGCUUCGCCAGCGGAGACUCCAGCUGCCUUUUAACUUCGCCACUGGGGAAGCUGUUCUCUACGAGGUGGGCCUCUCUCUGGACGUAGCUGACGUUCCAACCCAGAGCAAGGGCCCUAAGAUCAGGAAGAUGGCAGAAGAAAUGGCCCUGGACCCCGACUCCCUGCUGGGCUCCAUGCUGAAGCAGGACCAGGCCAUCUACAUGCAGACCAGCCCCAGCGAGCCCUCCAUGGAGCCCCCCAACCCUCAGGAGCUGUGCUCCUGGGAAGACCAGGCCUUCAGCAACAGCCACGCAAUGGCCAACGUGCCUGGUGAUUCCUGGCAGUCCCAACACCACACUAUGCCCAGGCCGGACGCGGGCAUCAGGGAGGAGUCCACUGUCCAGGACCUGAUGGAAACACUGCAGCAAAUCAUCGGGGACAACAGCCUGUGUUCCAGCCUGAAUGUGGACCCCACAGAGCUGAAGGACUGGGAGAACACUCUGCUGAAGAUGAGCUCCAGCAACUGUGAGAUGUCCGAGGACCUUGAUGACAUCCUCAACCAUGACAUCCUGUCGUAUGUGGAGGAACAUCUCUUCAAGGAGAACGGAGGACUCAAGAUGCCCGAGCAUCUGGGCUCACUGCUGGGGUCCGUCAGUGUCAACAACCCUCUCCUGGAGGUACCAGAGUGCCUUAAAAAUUUCGACCUGCAGGGGAAUACCAUGAUGCCUGGAGGAAAGGGCUUCAACUGGGGGGUUGAUCUCCAGCAGAACCAGUUGCUUGGGAUGGGAGGCUUGAGUGCGGCUGAAACAGUGAGUAACGUUCGGGGCAUGAUGAAGCCGACACACAUGGGCUCUCAGAUGGGAUUGAACGGCCCCACACUCCAGCAGGCUUCCUCCAGGAACACAUUUGCCCAAUCCCUGGGAGAGAACCUGGGCCUGCAGAGCAAUGCUAACCCUCUGGCCUUUAACCCUGCCCUGGCUGACUCCUGUGCCCAGGUGCGGCAGAACCAAGCCAAAGGUAAGCAGCAAGGCCUCCAGACCUCUCAGAUCCUGUCCAGCCCUGGUAACGGGCUGGCGUCUUAUUCCCUGAGACAACAGAUGCAGUCAGGCCUUGCCAAUCGGAGCUCUGCUCCUAUGGGUCUGCCAAUCCAGAACCAGCUGCUGGGGUGGGGCAUGAAUGAUCAGCCAAUGAGAUUCCAGGACCAGCGCUCCAUAAGCCAAUCAGAUCCCUUUGCCGUGCCCGGUCAGGAAACCAUGCGGAUGCCCUUGCCCUCCUCCAUGCCCAAUACCAACAUGUUGGCCAACACCUUGUUGGAAACCUUUGCCCAGAAUUUUUCAAAUCAACCAAAAGAUGUCAUUCUAGAUCCCAACCCGGCUAGCUGCCUACAAGGACACUUUUUCCUGCAGACCCAGAAACAGCAGCAGCAGCAAAUGCUUCCCACGAUGUUACACCAACAAAAUGGACACCAACACAAUGUCACGGGCAGCUUUUAUAACAACCAGGUGUCUGACUUCCAAAUUGCUCCCCAGCUCCCUAUCCCUGGGCUCGAGGCCCAGCCACAGCAGAACUCUCAGGCCCAGAACUACAACAGGGCUCAAACAAUAUCAGGCCAGUAUAGGUCUCAAAAGACCUCUGCUCAAGUCACCCCUCCUCUCGUCUCUUCCAACAGCUGCAUGUUCAGCAGCACCAACCCCCCCUCGGUUCCUGUCAACGGGGUCUGUUUAAACCCCAACACGGUCCUUGGUUCCCUGGUCCCAUCCUCCUGUCAGAGGGCCACAGCCCCCCUCCAUGACCAGAGUCCCUCCCAGGCCUCCUGCUACUUCCAGAGGAACUCCAGCGGGCCCAUUGUGGGGUCCUCUGCAAUCCUACAGGGUGACACCAACAUCAGCCCUUUGUCCUGUCAGGUGGGGCCUGGUCUAACCCCUGGGGGCCUCACACCAGACAGCUUACUGGUCCAGCAGCAGUACCUCAACUGCAACGGGCAGACACAGGUCACAAACUGUCCAAUGGAGGAAAACAUAUCGUUCCAGUUCCCGCCCCUGCCCAACGGAACCACAUACUUCUCAGAGAACAAUCAAAGCAACUGUUGCGACUUCUAGAAGCUUCUACAAGGAGGAAGAAACCGCCUUUUCCGUGGCUGAAUGGAAUUUGUUGAGAUACUGAUGAGUAGCCCUCUUUGCUAAACAAACAGAUACACGGACACAUACAGACUCACACAGCCAGGUGCCUUUGGGGAUUCUACCACCACCAUGCCUUACUUCACCAAGGAGACUGGCCAAGAUGGCUUUCUUCAUUUCUCUUCUAUGCGUCUCAAAUCGUAUGUUUGGAUGCAAGAUACAAGGCGUUUGGGCCAGAGGGUCGUGUGGCUUAUUUUUCUUCUGCAACCAGACAGAAGACAGAAGCUCCAGUGACUGUAACGAGCUCCUCCUUGACUUGCUUUCUCCUUGGGUGGGCAUGCCCUGGUCAAAAGUAGUGCACUAUGUAGGGAAUAGAGUGCCAUUUUGGACAUACAGUCACGUCUGGUCGAUGUGGAGGAAAGAGAAUAUAUUUAUUGGUUGUUUUGAAUUGUGCCUCAUUGUGCCUCUGAUGUUAAAGAAUUGCCAGAUGAUUUUGGAAAGGACAGGCGAAAGAUGAUGACGUAAGAAGUAAUAGGGAAAAAGAGAUGAACACGUUGAAUUAGAUUCCUGGGAUUACUUUUAAGGUUGUUGUUUUUAUCCCUAAAUGCAUUUGAACAUAUAGGAUCUAGCCAAAUUCCAAAAGGAAAGGUGAGAUAGUCGAUGCCUGGUAAAUUGACUACAGUAUAACCAUACGGGCAAAAAGAAGAGCAUUUGCAUUUGGAAAAUGCUAAAUAUGUUGGCAUACGAUAUUAUGGACAAUAUGUAUGUAGAGAUGAUAUACAGUUUAAACUGUAUCAACUGCUUAUUUUCAUACGGAGUAAAAAAAAAAAAAUAUUCCCCAGCAAUCAUAAUACUCCAAUGACCUGAAUGAAAAUGUAAAAACGAUUUCCCUUGCGAUGACUUUUGAGACUUGCCACAUGUUCUUGCAUCACAAACCAUGUUCCAUUGUGAUAUAUCCUAUUAUUACAACAAGAUAUGCUACUCAGAAUGUAAUGACAUCAACGACAAAAAUACAUUUAUUUACUCAGCUUUGUUUUGUUUUUUGAAAAAAAAUCAUCUUUUGUAUUUUUAUAAGCAUUUAACCAAAACUAUAAAUAUGUAAUUGAGCCAGUUUAGUCUUUUCUGUUAUUUUGUGAAGUGUCCCACUGGGCACACACUGGUUGAAUAAACGUUGUUUCCACGUCAUUUCAAUUAAUAUGUUGUUGAACCAACUUGGAAUAAACAUUGAAUUGAUGUCUGUGCCCAGUGGGAUUCCUGUGCACCUGCAGUUUUAUUUGCUUCUAUUGUGCUUCUAUUGAUAGAAAACACCCAAGAAGGGGCGGUGCCUUGGUAAAGUAUUCAUGCCGAAAUGCAUCAGAUAGUUGAAGUGCCUCAUUUGCAUAAAUAUGCAGAAGGAAAACCGAUGAACCAAUCAUGGAAAAGCAUAUAAUCACCAGUCAAUUGGAAAAGAAAAAGUAGAGCCACUGUUCAAACUGCAUUGUUGAUAUGUUCUCCUAUCCAAUGUGGGAAUAUCUUUCACUUUACUUUACUUUCUUUGAUGAAUUAUUUUAUUGCCCUGCAGUUCUACAGGGAAGUAAUACAGUAUUGGCAGCUAGAGUUUCAGAAUGAUCAAUGAUCCAAUUCAAUGUGGAUUAUUCAAUGUAUUCUAGGGGGAUCGGGUGCUUUCAGAAAUCGUACAAAAAUACAGAACACCGUAAGUGUCCAUAUUGAAAGUAUAGUAUUCAGUAUUCUUGUCUGUAUGCUUCUGCACAAUGUAGGCACUAUAACUACUGCACUGAGGCCAAGGUGCCUUUCAAUAUGCAGUAUAAUUUUAAUGUGUACAUACUAAUUUUCAUUUGUAUUUUUAAGUAAUCUGGCCUUCAUAAGAUUCACAUCUAUUAUUGUACACUAUUUUAUACAUGUGUUUUCUGCACACAGAACAGUUCUUGUCUGUAAAACUCUUUUUGACCUGUUUCCUCAGAACAGUAUUUAUAAAUAUACACCUUGUGGCUUUUGUUGUUUUUCUGCCUCUAACAAUGUGUCAGCCAUGGCGCUUACGCCUCAAUUGUUAUAUUUCAUCUCCACAUUAAAGAGGUUUAAUGACUUGACACAGGUGUGUCUGUUCUUAGCAGAAUCCCUUUUCUUCGUCAAGUACAUUUACAUGUAACAGGAAUUUGACCUGGUGAGAUGUUUUUUUUAUUGGUUCAAUUAUAUCAGAGCAAAUAAAUACAAAUUUAAAAGUAAAUAAAGAUCAAAAACAUACAACGUAUAGAUAUACACAUACUGUAUGUAGUAUACCAUAUCAUAACACUGUCACGGAUCCCUCCGGAACUUUCAUUACGCACACCUGGCCCCUAUUCCCAGUGAUUAGUAAUUGUAUAAGUGUGUCCUUGGUUUAUCAUUGUCCUGUCAAUUAUUGUUACAAUGUCCGUUGAUUCGUGUGAGUACCUGUGCGUUUUGGAUUUCGUGCCAUUGUGGAUUGCGCAGAUGAUUACGGGUCUCAGCCUGUGUUUUAAUCAUUGUUCUUGUGUUAUUUAUUCGAGGUACCCCUCGCACUUUUGUUUGGGUUUCAACCCUGUGUGUUGUAUGUGGUUUUUGGUCUUCGUCCCUGUGCCUUUACACGGCACGCCGUAAUUUGAGUCUAAUAAAAAAAAUAUAUUACGCA